GAACAAAAUGAGACAUCUUCAGUGGAGGAUCAGAUGUGAGAGGCACUUGUUAAAUCCGCACCACAAUUAGGCUGGUACAUAUCAACAGGGACAAUCGGAUUAUAAGGAUCUAAAGUGGAGAAAUCGCUGGAUUAAGUCCGUCGUGUACGCGCCGUCAUGGGCAUAGACCGGCGGCGGCGGAGAGCGUCUCUCGCGCUCACCUUGAACUUCUUGGCUUUGUUCCUGGCAGUGUCGGCUCUCGGAACCAGCCACUGGUGCGCCGGCACCCGGAAAGUGGUGAAGCCGUUCUGUACCGGCCCGGUGACGACCAAGCAGUCGUUCUGCAUCAGGUUCAACAGCUCCAACCUGAACGACACGAGGCUGGUGCAGUACAUCUGGGAGACCGGGGAUGACAAGUACGUGAUGAGGAAGUUCCACACCGGGAUCUGGUUCUCAUGCGAGCACAACAUCAACAUGACCGGUGAAAAUUGCAGAAGUUUCAUCUACGUUACACCUGCAAAUGAAAGAGGAGUGCUGUGGCUGUGCAUCGUCGCCGAGUGCCUGUACAUCCUCCUCUUAGCCACCGGGGGCAUCCUCAUGUCGAUAGAAGUGUGCCAGUUUGGCAACGUUAUUGACGGCCUCAAGGUCAAUGCCUUCGCGGCCAUAUUCACAGUACUUUCAGGGCUGCUGGGGAUGGUGGCCCACAUGAUGUUCACUACUGCUUUCCAGCUGACUGUCAGUCUGGGCCCAGAAGACUGGAAACCUCAGACAUGGGACUACAGCUGGUCAUACAUAUUAGCAUGGAGUUCUUUCACGGCGUGCAUGGCGUCCUCCGUCACCACCAUCAACCGUUACACCAAAACCAUCCUGGAGUUCAAGCACAAGCGAAGGAACGUUGAGAAGAACCUAAAGAUCAAGCAGAAGCUCCUGGAGUUGGACGCGCCGGAGCAGAUGUGGGACAUGUAUAUCAGCUCCGUGCCAAGUACUGCAGAGGAGCUGCUGGACCUCUCGUCCAACGACCACAAACUCUCCAACACCUCCAUCUUCUUGGACCUCAACGACCUGCCCGACCCACAAGGAGAGGAGUACUGCUAGGGGAGCUCUGAAAUCAUCACCUUUUGAUUUCAUUUAUUUAUUUAUUUAUUAUUUACCAAUAUUCUUGGCCAAACAGAACAUGCAUGUAAACACUUUAAAAUGUGUGCAAUAGUCGUGGGACUUCAGUUCAGUGACCAUUUUCAAGGAUCAUUUAUUUCAAUCCGUUUUGGGGGCUUUUUUGUCACUAUCCAAAAGUAACUGUGAUGGCAAAGUAUGAUCAUAACCAUAGAAUUGAAAAUACACAAUAGGAAAGGGUUUAGCUGUCCAAUUCUACUGAAGCAUUGUACACUGCAAUGUGAAGCUUUACCAGAUUUAAAAUACUGUAAUUUACUGUAACAUCACAACAAAUUACUGAAAUUAGGAUACCUUUUUUUUUUUUCCAGUAACUUACUGUUAUUUAACAGUGUAACUGUCACUGUAACUAGAGAUGUCCGAUAAUAUCGGGGUGGCGAUAUUUUUGGCCGAUAAAUGCUUUAAAAUGUAUUUUCGUAAAUUAUCGGUAUUGGUUUCAAAAUCAUCGGUAUCUGUUUCAAAAAGUAAAACUUAUGAAUUUUUAAAACACCGCUGUGUACACAGACGUAGGGAGAAGUAUAGAGCGCCAAUAAACCUUAAAGGCACCGCCUUUGGGUGCCAGCCCAGUCACACAAUAUCUACAGAAUUUCACACACACACAUGUGAAUACAAGGCAUACUUGUUCAACAGCCAUAUAGGUCACACUGAGGGUGGCCGUAUAAACAAAUUUAAGACUGUUACAAAUUUGUGCCACACUGUGAACCCACACCAAACAAGAAUGACAAACAUAUUUCGGGAGAACAUCCGCAACGUAACACAACAUAAACACAACAGAACAAAUGCCCAGACUCCCUUGCAGCACUAACUCUUCCAGGACGCUACUAUAUACACCCCUUGCUGCCCCCACCCCCCACACCUCAAACCCCCCAACCCCGCCCACCUCAACCUCCUCAUGCUCUCUCAGGGAGAGCAUGUCCCAAAUUCCAAGCUGGUGUUUUGAGGCAUGUUAAAAAAAUAAAGUAAAAUAUGGCAGUGCCAUGUUGGUAUUUUUUGCCAUAACUUGAGUUGAUUUAUUUUGGAAACCCUUUUUAUAUUGUUUAAAGCAUCCAGCGGGGCAUCACAACAAAAUUAGGCAUAAUAAUGUGUUAAUUCCACGACUGUAUACAUCGGUAUCAGUUGAUAUCGGAAUUGGUAAUUAAGAGUUGGACAAUAUCGGAUAUCGGGAAAAAACCCAUUAUCGGACACCUCUAACUGUAACCAAAGUCCUCUGUAAUAUCACAACAAAUUACUGUAAUUUCAAAUUGAUUUGUCUACUAAUGGGUUCCGAAGACUAAGUUGCACAAUCUUGUAGAGGAAGUGCGGUUAGCUGCUAAAGCGAGAGAGUAAUUAACUAUGAAAUUACAAUUGUGAAGUUACAGCAUAUAGUUGUAAUUCUAUUAUAAUAAACUGUGGAAUUCAAAUUGUGAAGUUAAAGCAUUUAGUGGAACUUUAUUGUAAAUAAACUUAAAAGCACAGCUGUGCGGUCACAGUGAAUUGCUGUAAAAAAUAUUUGACAGUAAAUGUCACUGUAACAGUAAAGUAACUAGUAGCCGGUAAUUUGCUGUGAAUUUACAAUGAACAUUUUUAGUGUACAUAAUACAGCAAUACCUAUAAAAGACCGCUGGGUGGCAGGAUUGCUCUGCAAAUCCACAUUGCCUGUAUCUGUCAGGCACGUGUGUUCCGCAGGUAACCGAUAAGGUUACUGUUGUUUUCAUCUCUUUCCUUCUGUAUGAUAGCUUGGUUCAAAUGUUUCCGUUACUGAAACCAUGAGACAUUAAGCAUGGAACAAAUACAUUUUUUGGACUUUACAUAGGUUCACACUGCGAUGAGGUGGCAACUUGUCCAGGGUGUACGCCGCCUUCCGCCUGAUUGUAGCUGUGAUAUGCUCCAACGCCAACGAAAAUGGAUGGAUGGACAUAAGUUCACAUAGUGAGCAAAUAUGGACACAGAAUACGGAUCAAACAUGAUCACAUUUUGUGUGUUUUUUUAUUAGUAUAACAUAUCCGUACUUCUAGGAUUUUUUAUGAUGCGGCCAAUUCACGCAAAUUCAACCAAUCCCUGCAAAUUAUGAGUGGCCUUGCAACUUUGUCCAAUGCCCAGAACUUCCGCGCACAUUUUGGCCAAUCAGCGUCAAUUUGUCCCCAAACGCGCCUCUUAUGUUUGCUUCUCGGUUAGACAAAGCAGGAAUAACAACAUGUAACAAUAAAACAACUCUUUACUGCUCGAACAGCACAACUGUCGUCCUCUUGUGUAGCUCAAAUUACUUCCAAUUUCUGUCUGCGGAGCUAAGCUUUAUGGGUAAUGUAGUAUAUAAACAUUUAGCAACACGCUGGUGUCCUCACUUUCUUGUUCAUAUGUAUCGUAUGUUUUGGACCAUAGGGCGCACCGGAUUAUAAAGCGCACUGUUGAGGAGCAGGUCUAUUUUUAUACUACAGGCGCACCAGAUUAUAAGGCGUAUUAAAGGUCUUAUAUUAUGUUUUUUUUCCUACAUUGAAAAAACUUUCCAGUGGUUUACAUAACAUGUAGCAUAUUUUUUGGAUUAUAUAUCGCUCUGGAGUAUGCGUUGCAACGGCCGAAAAUGCAUUAUAAAGAAAGAAAAAAACAUAUAUAAGUCGCAAUGGAGUAUAAGUCGCAUUUUUGGGGAAAUCUAUUUGAUAAAAUCCAACACCAAGAAUAGACAUUUGAAAGGCAAUUUAAAAUAAAUAAAGAAUAGUGAACAACAGGCUGAAUAAGUGUACGUUAUAUGACGCAUAAAUAACCAACUGAGAAGGUGCCUGGUAUGUUAACGUAACAUAUUAUGGUAAGAGUCAUUCAAAUAACUAUAACAUAUAAAACAUGCUAUACGUUUACCAAACAAUCUGUCACUUCUAAUCGAUAAAUCCGAUGAAAUCUUCUUCCCCGAUGUCUAUUCUAAACAACUCUGCCAACUCCAAAGGUAUGCGCUGCUUCCUCUUGUCGUUUUAUGCUGCAUAUUUCACUACGUCCAUCUUGUAAUCUGCAGUACAUGAUCUCCUUUUCGGUGCCAUUUUUGUUCAGCCCCUCUCAGUUUUUACAAGUUACCGCCAACGAUGAAAUGAUCCAUCUUAAUAGCUACGGCAGUAGCAUAUAGCAGUUAGCAUUCCAUGACCCACAAUGCACUUCUGCCAUGACCCUCCCCCACCGAAUUCUUAUUGGUUGACGUGUGUGUGACGAUUGCUGACAUUUUCUUCGUCUCUUCGGCGAAUGAGAUAAAUAAUAUUAUUUGAUAUUUUACGGUAAUGUGUUAAUAAUUUCACACAUAAAUCGCUCCGGAGUAUAUGUCGCAACUAUGAAAAAACUGCGAUUUAUAAUCUGAAAAUUACAGUAGGUCAAAAUUUUGCAUAGAUUAUUUUUUACAGAUCAUCUUCUAUUCGCUUUCUGACCGUCUCUUCAGAAUACACCGUUUUGUGGGAUGUCUUAUUUACGUGCCUCCACUUCGACAGCGUCUUCUCUCCGUCAUCUUUGUUGUACCCAUAGUUUUUAGCGCUUUCAUAGCGAGUUUACUGACAGAUAUAAGUUAGAAGAGUACGCUACUUUAUAUUGGAAUUGGCAACUGGAUGAAUGACCCACAACAAGAGGUCAGAGAAAUAGAAGGAGCUUAUUGAUGGUCGGACUUAUGCAGAUCCCAAACACAAAUCAGCAAGUAUCAAUAGGUAAGACAAGUUGUUUUUGCGUAAUAUUAUGAAACAAAAUGCCAGAUUGUAAGUCUAAUAUGUUUAUUAUCGGUACCAUUUUGGAGUCCUUUUGCACACACCAAAAUAAUACCCGUAUGUUGAAGUACAGCACGACUGAGUACAGUGUCGUGUGUAAUGUUCUGUAUUCUCUUUUUUUCUGUGUUCUUAAUGAAAUAUCAAAGUUUUGGGCGUUCUUGUGUCAUCUUGCAGUCCACAUGUAGCUCUUGUGUGUGACUACCAUCUACCAGUCACACUUUUCAUUACACCACGUACCAAAUAAAAUUGCUUCGAGGUCGGCAAACACAACCAGAAAUAAUCCGUUGAUUAGGUGCACCAGAUUAUAGGGCACACUGUCGAUUUUUGAUGAAAUGAAAUGAUUUUAAAUGUGCCUUGCUGUCCGAAAAUGUUAUCAAUUUAUUUAUCCUUCAUUUAGUCAGGGUCAGAAAAUUAAAAAAAAAAAUUCAUUUGCAAUGCUGACCUGGCAAAGAGGCAGCAUUUACAUGUUAGAGAUGUUGGAGUGUGAUGAUAAUUUCUCAUCGUCUCUCAUUUACCUACAAAAAUUACCACUUAGAUUGCUUUCAACAUUUUACAAAUGUUCUUAAAGGCCUACUGAAAUGAGAUUUUCUUAUAUAAACCGGGAUAGCAGGUCCAUUUUAUGUGUCAUACUGGAUAAUUUCGCGAUAUUGUUAUAUUUUUGCUGAAAGGAUUUAGUAGAGAACAACGACGAUAAAGUUCGCAACUUUUGGUCGGUAAUAAAAAAGUAUUGCCUUUACCGGAAGUAGCAGACGAUGUGUGCGUGACGUCACUGGUUGUAGAGCUCCUUACAUCCUUACAUUGUUUACAAUCAUAGCCACCAGCAGCUAGAGCGGUUCGGACAGAGAAAGCGACAAUUUCCCCAUUAAUUUGAGCGAGCAUGAAAGAUUUGUGGAUGAGGAUAGUGAGAGUGAAGAACUAGAAGAAGAAAAAAAGGCGAGGGCAGUGGGAGCGAUUCAGAUGUUAUUAGACACAUUUACUAGGAUAAUUCUGGAAAAUCCCUUAUCUGCUUAUUGUGUUACCAGUGUUUUAGUGAGAUUAUAUGGUACAUGAAAGUCGGAGGGGUUUGGCCACGGGUGUGGUGACCGCCUGUGUCUCUGAGGGAAGCCACGCAGCUGCAGGAGGACGCAAGCUCCGUUCAUAACUACGGUAAGAGCCUACAUAUUACAAUUUUCUCACCGAAACCUGCCGGUUGACAUGUGGUAGGGAACCAUGUUAGCUUGACUGAUUCUGUUCCAUAGUAAAGCUUCACCUUCGGGAAAUUUAAACAAGGAAACACCGGCUGUGUUUGUGCUGCUAAAGGAAGCUGCAAUACACCGCUUCCCACCUCCAUCUUUCUACUUUGUCUUCUCCAUUAUUAAUUGAACAAAUUGCAAAAGAUUCAGCAACACAGAUGUCCAGAAUACUGUGUAAUUAUGCGAUUAAAGAAGACUACUUAUAGCUUGGAUCGGGCUGGAAAAGAAUGUCCGCUACAACCGGUGACGUCAAACGCACGCGUCAUCAUACGUGUCAUCAUACCGCAACGUUUUCAACAGGACACUUUGCGGGAAAUUAAAAAUUGCAAUUUAGUAAACUAAAAAGGCCGUAUUGUCAUGUGUUGCAAUCUUAAUAUUUCAUCAUUGAUGUAUAAACUAUCAGACUGCGUGGUCGGUAGUAUUGGGUUUCAGUAGGCCUUUAGCAUGCGGAGUAAAUGUGUUGGAACAUACAUGAAUGUUUAAGAUGGACAAACACUUUUAAUCAAUCAAUCAAAGGUUAUUUAUAUAGCCCUUAGUCACAAAUGCCUCUAAGAGAUGCACAAACCACAACGACAUCCCACAUCAGGGCAAGAAAAAACUCAACCCAAUGGGAACAACGAGAAACCUUGAAAGGGGACCAGUCCAAUGGAUGCUGAGUGGAUAGAGUUAAUAACGUGAGAGUCCAGUCCAUAGUGGGGACAGCAGGGGAUCCUCUUGCAUGUCGACACAUCGGGGAACAGGGACGUCAACAACUGAUGCAAAGAGGAGUGGACACCCUCGGUCCCGACUUGGAACAGCUCGCACUUCCUUUGUCGAAACUGAUCCUCGGCCACCUGAUAACCUCUCCACGCAGGAAAGGGACACAGAGCAGAAAAAAACGGCAGAUCAACUGGUUUAAAAGGGAGGUCUAUUUAAAGGUUAGAGUAUACAAAUGAGUUUUAGGAUGGGACUUAAAUGCUUCUACUGAGUUAGCAUCUCUAACUGUUACCGGGAGGGCAUUCCAAAAUACUGGAGCCCGAACAGAAAACGCUCUAUAGCUCGCAGACUAUUAUUGGGCUCUGCGAUUUACUAAUAAUCAGGAGUUCUUAAAAUGCAGAUUUCUUGUCAGGACAUAUGGUACAAUACAAUCAGCAAGAUAGGAUGGAGCUAGACCGUGUAGUAUUUUAUACGUAAGUAGUAAAACCUUAAAGUCACAUCUUAAGUGCGCAGGAAGCCAGUGCAGGUGAGCCAGUACAGGCGUAAUGUGAUCAAACUUUCUUGUUCUUGUCAAAAGUCUAGCAGCCGCAUUUUGUACCAACUGUAAUCUUUUAAUGCUAGACAUAGGGAGACCCGAAAAGAAUAUGUUACAGUAAUGGAGACGAGACGUAAAGAAUGCAUGAAUAAUGAUCUCAGCGUCGUUAGUGGACAAAAUGGGACGAAUUUUAGCGAUAUUACGGAGAUGAAAGAAGGCCGUUUUAGUAAGACUCUUAAUGUGUGACUGAAACGAGAGAGUUGAGUCGAAAAUAAUACAGAGAUUCUUUACCGAGUCGCUUUCUGUAAUUGUUUGGUUGUCAAAUGUUAAGGUGGUAUUGUUGAAUAGAUGUCGGUGUUUAGCAGGACCGAUAAUCAGCAUUUCUGUUUUCUUAGAGUUAAGACGCAAAAAAGUUAGCGGACAUCCAUUGUUUAAUUUAAUUUAGACAUGCCUCCAGAUGAUUACAAUCUGGUGUGUUGGUAAAACUUACACUAAGAAUGUCUGGAACUUGUGGGACAAUAGGGGAGCCUUUGGUAGUGUUUUAUUCUGUAAAUAUACAAUUAAUUGUUACUAUUAAUUAAAACAGUACAUGUGACAAUGAGUUUGUGCUUUUACUGCCAUUCAGUGUCUACGUUUAUGUCUGUGUGGUAUAAAACGACUAGAACAUCAACACAGUAAUGUUGUGUCAAUUUUUUCUUGAAAUACUGUGCAUUUUACAAUGAACACUUAAAACAGUGAUAACAAAUUCAUAAAAUUACAAGUUGAGUCAAUGUUAUUGAUAAAGUAGGUCUCUAAACAUGACAACU